AUGGCGGAUGUCAAUGGUGACGCUUCCAAAUCUAGCAGCAGAAAAAAACAACAGGAAAAUGGGGCAGUAACGUCAGCUGUGAGCCCAAGCUCCAGUUCUUCUUCUAUUCAGAACCCAACACCUGCUGCACUGCUCCGGCCAUCUGCCCCUGCUAAAUUGCGAAAAGACUUCUUUCUUUUCUUUCCUUUUUCUUUUACUUUUUACUUGUUCUUUUUUUUCUUUUCCUUUCUUUUUCUUUUCCCUUUGUCUAUCUUUUUUCUCUCUUUCUUUGUCUAUCUUUUUUCUCUCUUUCUUUGUCUAUCUUUUUUCUCUCUUUCUCUGUCUAUCUUUUUUCUCUCUUUCUCUGUCUAUCUUUUUUCUCUCUUUCUCUGUUGUAUCUUUUUUCUCUCUUUCUCUGUUGUAUCUUUUUUCUCUCUUUCUCUGUUGUAUCUUUUUUCUCUCUUUCUCUGUUGUAUCUUUUUUUCUCUCUUUCUCUGUUGUAUCUUUUUUCUCUCUUUCUCUGUCUAUCUUUUUUCUCUCUUUCUCUGUCUAUCUUUUUUCUCUCUUUCUCUGUUGUUUUUUCUCUCUUUCUCUGUUGUAUCUUUUUCUCUCUUUCUCUGUUGUAUCUUUUUUCUCUCUUUCUCUGUUGUAUCUUUUUCUCUCUUUCUCUGUUGUCUUUUUUCUCUCUUUCUCUGUUAUCUAUCUUUCUCUCUUUCUCUGUCUAUCUUUUUUCUCUCUUUCUCUGUUGUAUCUUUUUUCUCUCUUUCUCUGUUGUAUCUUUUUUCUCUCUUUCUCUGUUGUAUCUUUUUUUCUCUCUUUCUCUGUCUAUCUUUUUUCUCUCUUUCUCUGUCUAUCUUUUUUUCUCUCUUUCUCUGUUGUAUCUUUUUUCUCUCUUUCUCUGUUGUAUCUUUUUUUCUCUCUUUCUCUGUUGUAUCUUUUUUCUCUCUUUCUCUGUUGUAUCUUUUUUCUCUCUUUCUCUGUUGUAUCUUUUUUCUCUCUUUCUCUGUUGUAUCUUUUUUUCUCUCUUUCUCUGUCUAUCUUUUUUCUCUUUCUCUGUCUAUCUUUUUCUCUCUUUCUCUGUUGUAUCUUUUUUUCUCUCUUUCUGUUGUAUCUUUUUCUCUCUUUCUCUGUUGUAUCUUUUUCUCUCUUUUUCUCUUGUAUCUUUUUUCUCUUUUCUCUGUCUAUCUUUUUUCUCUCUUUCUCUGUCUAUCUUUUUUCUCUCUUUCUCUGUUGUAUCUUUUUUUCUCUCUUUCUCUGUUGUAUCUUUUUUCUCUCUUUCUCUGUUGUAUCUUUUUCUCUCUUUCUUGUGUAUCUUUUUUUCUCUUUUCUCUGUUGUAUCUUUUUUUUCUUUCUAUUUUUUUCUCUCUUUCUCUGUUAUCUUUUUUCUCUCUUUCUCUGUUGUAUCUUUUUUCUCUUUUCUCUGUUGUAUCUUUUUUCUCUCUUUCUCUUUGUAUCUUUUUCUUUUUCUCUGUUGUAUCUUUUUUUCUUUGUCUAUCUUUUUCUCUUUUCUCUGUCUAUCUUUUUCUCUCUUUCUCUGUCUAUCUUUUUCUCUCUUUCUCUGUUUCUUUUUUCUCUCUUUCUCUGUUGUAUCUUUUUUCUCUUUCUCUUUGUAUCUUUUUUUUUCUCUUUCUCUCUCUAUUCUCUUUCUCUGUCUAUCUUUUUCUCUCUUUCUGUCUAUCUUUUUCUCUCUCUUUCUCUGUCUAUCUUUUUCUCUCUUUCUCUGUUGUAUCUUUUUUCUCUCUUUCUCUGUCUAUUUUCUCUUUCUCUGUUGUAUCUUUUUUCUCUUUUCUUUGCUAUCUUUUUUCUUCUUUCUGUCUAUCUUUUUUUCUUUUUCUGUUGUAUCUUUUUUCUCUCUUUCUCUGUCUAUCUUUUUCUCUUUCUCUGUCUAUCUUUUUCUCUUUUCUCUGUUGUAUUUUUUUCUCUCUUUCUCUUUCUCUUUCUUUGUAUCUCUUUCUCUUCUUGUUGUAUCUUUUUUCUCUCUCUUUUUUCUCUCUUUCUCUGUCUAUCUUUUUCUCUCUUUCUCUUCUAUCUUUUCUCUCUUUCUCUGUCUAUCUUUUUCUCUUUUCUCUUUCUUUUUGUUUCUCUCUCUGUUCUUUUUUUUUCUUUCUCUGUCUAUCUUUUUCUCUUUCUCUGUUGUAUCUUUUUUUUCUCUCUUUCUCUGUUGUAUCUUUUUCUCUCUUUCUCUGUUGUUCUUUUUUCUCUCUUUCUCUGUCUAUCUCUUUUUUCUCUUUCUCUGUUGUAUCUUUUUCUCUCUUUCUCUGUUGUAUCUUUUUUCUUUUCUCUGUUGUAUCUUUUUUCUCUCUUUCUCUGUUGUAUCUUUUUCUCUCUUUCUCUGUUGUAUCUUUUUCUCUCUUUCUCUGUUGUUUUUUUCUCUCUUUCUCUGUUGUAUCUUUUUCUCUCUUUCUCUGUUGUAUCUUUUUUCUCUUUCUCUGUUGUAUCUUUUUCUCUCUGUUGUAUCUUUUUUUCUCUUUCUCUGUUGUAUCUUUUUUCUCUUUUCUCUCUUUUUUCUCUCUUUCUCUGUUGUAUCUUUUUUUCUCUUUCUCUGUUGUAUCUUUUUUUUUCUCUUUCUCUCUUUUUUCUCUCUUUCUCUGUUGUAUCUUUUUUCUCUCUUUCUCUGUUGUAUCUUUUUCUCUUUUUCUCUGUUGUAUCUUUUUUUUCUUUUCUCUGUCUAUCUUUUUCUCUCUUUCUCUAUUUGUAUCUUUUUUUUCUCUCUUUCUCUGUUGUAUUUUUUUUCUCUUUUUCUGUUGUAUCUUUUUUCUCUCUUUCUCUGUCUAUCUUUUUUUCUUUCUCUGUCUAUCUUUUUCUCUCUUUCUCUGUUCUCCAGAAUUGCCAGCCUUUGAACGGCGCAAUUGGUUGAUCCACCUGCAUUAUGUAAGGAAAGAUUUUGAAACCUGUAAGCUCUUAAUCAAAGAGCAGCUAACAGAUACUGGAGGCUUGUGUGAAUUUGCUCUUUACGUGGAUGCCCUGAUUCUCCGACAAGAAGGUAAAAUCCAGGAAUCUCUGGAUUUGUUCCAGAACUGUGUUUACUUGAAUCCUCAGAGUGCGGACAACCUAAAACAAGUAGCAAGAUCACUCUUCCUCCUGGCCCGUCAUAAGGCGGCUAUUGACGUUUACCAAGAAGCAGCCAAAUUCAACCAAAAUGACUGGGAAAUUGCUCACAAUGUGGGCGUGUGUUAUAUGCAUUUAAAAGAUUAUGAAAAGGCCAAGGACUUCUUGCAGCAAGCAAUUACUCACAAACACCAUGAAAUCUCUUUCAUCAUGUUGGGGAAAGUGCACAUGUUGGAGAAGAACACUGAGCAAGCAAUUGAGGUGUUGACGAAAGCCGUAGAAAUUUUCCCAGAGAAUCCAGAUCUCUUAACUUCCCUCGGACUUCUGUAUAUGGAGAUGGGCCACUUUCAGAAAGCUUGUGAGAGUUUAGGGAAUGCUAUGACCUUUGACCCCACCCAUGUAAAGGCAAUCGUUGCUGCUGGUAGCAUGAUGCAAAGACAUGGAGAUUAUGACGUCGCCCUAACCAAGUAUCGAAUCGCAGCCAACAGUAUGCCUGAGAGUGCCACUUUAUGGAAUAAUAUUGCAAUGUGUUUUUUCGGCAAGAAUAAAUACAUUGCUGCCAUUUGUUGUUUAAAACGAGCAAACUACCUGUCUCCAUUUGACACCAAAGUGUUAUACAACCUGGGACUGGUUCACUUACAUAUGCAGCAGUAUGCAUCUGCAUUUCAUUUUCUCAGCUCCAUGUUAAGCUACAAGCCAAAAGAUCCUCAGGUGUUUAUGAUGCUGGCAAUCUGUUUGACGUACCUCGAUGAUCCUGAUAAUGCAAGAAAAGCUUAUGAACAGUCUCUUUUACUUGAUCAAAACGAUCCAACUGUGUAUCUGAAUUAUGCCGUUUUCUUGUAUAAUCAAAAUCAUCGACAGGAAGCUGUCAAAACGUUUACUUUGUUUGAACAGAAAAAGACAACCUUCAUUAACAAAGGUGGCGUUAUUGACCAAGAGCUUAUUGAAAUGGCUUCCCGUCUUGGCCCUGUUUUGCAAGUGGGUGAGAAUUUGGUAUGGAAGAAACCAGAAGCAGAGAAGAAAGCCAAACCGCAGACAAAUACAUAUGUCUUCAAGAGUAAAUCUGACGGAAAAAUAACAAGCAGCAGUAAACUGUCCACGGCUCCCAUUGCUACUCCCUCAGACUCUCAGCUCCACUCCAGUAUUACAAACAAAACCCCAAAUCCAGAACAACUCAACAUCCUCAGCCCGAGACAUGCAAUAAGAAAAGCUGGUAACCUGCCUCCCUUGUUGUCAGGCGCCCAACUCCUUCCUACUGAAAAUUUACUUUGUCUGUCUAUCUAUCUAUCUAUCUAUCUAUCUAUCUAUCUAUCUAUCUAUCUAUUAUCCUCCUUUGUCUAUUUAUCUAGUAUUCUCAUCUAUCUCUCUAUCUAUCUAUCUGUCUAUCUAUCUCAUUCUGUUUGUAUCUAUCUAUCUAUCUAUCUAUCUAUCUAUCUAUCUAUCUAUCUAUCUAUCUAG